AUGAACAUAAUUAAUGUUAAGGAUAUCAUAUUAGUCAACUGGAAUGGACUAAAAUCCAAAAGGUCUACCUUAGCAGAAUUUCCAUCACGACACAAAAUCGACAUUGCUAGUAUCACCGAAACACACCUAAAAGACUCUGAAACCUUCAAAAUACCCGGUUACGAAAUAUAUAGAAACGACAGGAAACACACACACUCUUCUGGAGGAGUAGCAAUAAUGAUUAAAAAAAACCUAAAACACAACCCAAUAAUACUGCCGCCCACACUUCAGAUGGAAACAGUAGCUAUAAAUCUUAUAACAGAUAAACGUGAAUUACGAAUUAUAUCAGCAUACAACCCACCGAACAAGAGAAUUCAAAACUCAGACUUUCCCAAGCUUUUCUGCAAUACCCCCACCAUACUCCUAGGAGAUCUUAAUUCCAAAAACAUAAUCUGGGGCUGUAAAAAAACAAACCCAAACGGACUAAAAUUGUACGAGUACACGUCCGACUUAAACAUCAUGGUCUCCCCUCCACCGUGUCCAACCUUUUACCGAACAGGAGUUACCCCGGACAUAUUAGAUAUUGCACUAAUCUCAAACUUCCAUACAAACUUAUACCACAAAGUGUUAUACGAGCUCGACUCUGAUCAUGUCCCGGUAUUAACAACCCUAAGAAUACAAGCUGAAACUAACCCCCCCCUGUACCAAAACUAAUAAAUCGACCAAUAAAAUGGGAAAUCUUUAAAGAAAAUAUAGAUAAAAUAUUAAAACCAAACAGAAAGUACUCAAAUACAAAUGAUAUAAACUCGGGCAUAAUACACCUUACAAAAUCCAUCAAAUCAUCGAUAGACUUAGCACUAGCCCCACCAAAUUACAAAAAAUCUCAUAAUUAUAACACGCCAAUACCAUCCCACAUACAAAACCUAAUCAAAGAAAAACAUAAGGCACGAAGAAUCUGGCAAACACACCGGUCUCCAGCAGUCAAAAAACGUUUAAAUCAACUAACAAGAAGAGUAAAAUGGGAACUGAAUAAUCUAAGAUAUAAUUUCUACAAAGCAUACGUAUCAAAAAUAAAUCCAAAUGACUCAAGUCUUUGGAUAGCUACCAAAAGAAUCACUANAAAAUUUACCACGUCGGCCUUUUUAGACAUAUCGCAGGCCUUCGAUAAGGUUUGGCACCAUGGGCUUAUUUUAAAAAUAAAAUCCCAAAACCUACCUUUAUACCUUAACAAUACAUUUUUGUCAUUUAUAGCAAAUCGUAAAUUUCAUGUCAGAAUAGGAACAGAUAUAUCACAAAUACAUAAUGUUAAGGCUGGAGUUCCACAGGGAUCUGUGCUAGGACCAUCUCUAUUCAAUAUCUACUGUCACGAUAUACCAACACCGCAACACUGCCAUCUAGCAAUGUUCGCAGAUGACACUGCAAUAAUAACGCAAAACCAAACUCUUGAAUCUUCAAUAAGAGACCUACAAAGCUCCCUAGAUGAACUAUCCCUCUGGUUCUCAAAAUGGAAACUAACACUAAACCCAACCAAAAGCGAAGCAAACAUAUUUACACUCAGAAAAUACAUAAAUACGACCCUACUUCAAAUAAACAAUAAAGAAAUCAUCUGGAGUAACAAAGACGACACAGUAAAAUAUUUGGGCCUGCACCUUGACGAAAAACUAAGCUGGAAAAUACACAUCAACAAAAAAUUAAACCAAGGAUACACUAGGCUACGAAUACUGUACCCCCUAUUAAAUCAUAGCUCUACCAUACAAAUGAAAUGCUCUCUACUCCUUUACACAGCAAUAAUAAGACCUUUAGUAACCUAUGCAUGCCCAGUAUGGGCAUCUGCCUCCAAAACAAAAAUUAAAAAAUUACAAACCCUCCAAAACAAAUUCCCAAGAAUAGCUCUAAAGGCCCCUUGGUUCAUGAGAAAUAAACAAUUGCACAACGAUACAGGCAUACCACACCUAUCUACCUGGAUAACAUAGCAAUUAAAAAAUUUUCACGAAAAACUCCACAGAGUUGACGGAGCCCGUCACUACAAUAUCGGCAAGAGAUCCACAAAUCUAAGACUCAAACCUCGGCUACCUCAGGACAUCCUACUAGAUCCCAAUGAAGACACCUCAACCUCAGACUCUGACCCAGACUAACCUAACCAAAUCUACUAUACAUCACGUAAUAUAAUAAUAAAAACAUUGUAAAAAUACUUAGUGUAUUGACACAAUUAUAUUAAUAAAUAAAAAAAAAAAAA